UGCUUUGCCUGGAUCUCAACUUGCUUUAGCUACUUCUGGAUUAACACACAUUUUCUCUUAUUUUCAGCGAUUGUGGAUUUUUAAUUUGUGAGCGGGUAAAGUAAAGGACAGUCAUUAUAAGUUGGCGGAGUGGCCGUCAGGAUGUCAGCAUCAUUACAAGUGACGCAGAAGCUGCAGCAUCAGCAUCAACAUCAACAUGAGGAGAAGCAGCAGCAGCAUCUCUAUGAGAGCAGCUAUUACCUGAGCAGCAAGUCGUCUGUUAGCAAGCAGUCAUUCUCAACUUUCAAGACCACCAGGCAUCGCAAGAAGCUCUCUGUGAAGACAGAGAAGGGGCAGGAGGUGGUUAAACUGAGCCCACUACCCAAGAGAGCCAAACGCACCUACCUGGCAAUGGACAAGGACAAAGAAGUUAUCGGCUAUGUUAUUCCGGUGUUUAGAGCCAAUCAUGAUGUAGUUCGGGGCUUAAUGGAGGCCCAGGAGGAGGUCACAGAGGAGGGCAUCAACUAUGUGGCCAUGAGGAACCUGUUUGUCAGGGAGGCCAGGGAGGCCAUGGAGGUGAAAGUGGAGAAGAAAACCAGGUCAAAGCAUGUCAGGGAAUCUGCUGAACGCCUGGAAAUGAGCAGGACGAUGGAGGAAUGGUCGGAGUUCCGUAAGAAAAUGAACCCAGACAGCCUGACACACCGCCCAGAGUUCAUUGUCAAGCCCCGUGGACAGACUGUUUGGGAGGGCAAGGAUGUCAAGUUGCACUGCACCGUGGCUGGAUGGCCCAAACCCAGGAUUGCCUGGUAUAAAAACAACGUCCUCAUCGAUGCCAAAGCCCACUCCGAGAAGUACACAGCUGAGAGCAAUUACAACAUGCACUCUCUGGAGAUCAAGAACUGUGAUUUCUUCGACACUGCUAAGUAUCAUAUCUCUGCCCUCAAUGUGAAAGGGGAAGCUUCUGCUGUGGCCUCUGUGGUUGUGAAAAGGUUCCAAGAGGGUGUUGAACCAGGCCCACUCGAUCCUAAACCACAUGGUUUUAGCCCUGAGCAUGGUGUUACCUUUGAAACCACCAUUAUUGACAAAUUUGAAGUGGCUUUUGGCUCUGAAGGGGAGACGUUGAGCCUCGGCUGCACUGUCAUCAUUUAUCCCACUGUGAAAAAAUACCAGCCUGAAGUCGUGUGGUACAGAAACUCUGUCCCAUUAAAGCCCUCUAAGUGGGUGCACACUCACUGGUCUGGGGAACGUGCCGUACUCACUCUUGUCCACCUUAACAAAGAAGAUGAGGGCAUGUACACCCUGCGCGUCAACACCAAAUCUGGCUAUGAUACCUAUGCUGCCUACGUGUUUGUCAGAGAUGCCGAUGUAGAGGUUGAGGGGGUACCCGUAGCCCCCCUGGAUGUGCGCUGUCAUGAUGCCAACAAGGACUAUGUUGUGGUAACCUGGAAGCAGCCAGCGGUGGAAGGCAGCAGCUCCAUCCUGGGGUACUACAUCGACAGGUGUGAGGUGGGCACCCAUCACUGGGCUCGGUGUAAUGAAGUCCCAGUCAAGUACGCUCGCUUCCCUGUCACAGGACUGGUGGAGGGGCGGUCUUACGUGUUUAGGGUGCGUGCCGUAAACAAGGCCGGAGUCAGCCAUCCAUCCCGCGUCUCUGAGGCCGUGGUAGCCAUGGAUCCCUCUGACAGAGCACGCCUCAGAGCUGGACCCUCAGCUCCUUGGACUGGAAUGAUCAAGUUCACAGAGGAGGAUCCGACAGGUCUAAUAUAUGGACUUGACCAUCCCACUCAGCUGCUUGCACAUCUCUUAGGUUUACAUCGUGUAGUCCCAGGAGAACCAACUGAUGUUGUGGUUACUGAGGCAACUAAAAGUUAUGUGGUACUUGCCUGGAAGCCUCCAGCCCAGAGGGGUCAUGAAGGAGUCAUGUAUUACAUUGAGAAG